UAGUGGAGUAUAUACAGUAAUGGCAAGUGGUGCUCAGAGCAUCAGGAAGUUCCUUCAGUACAUUGGGAUACAGUUCAUCUGUCCCUGCAGAUUUGAACUCAUUACAGUUAUUUGGGCGAUUCCCAAUUAACUGCCUGUUGGCCUCCUUUUGCUGCACUGGUGGCAAGGGUCAUACUGGGGAAGACCAUAGUGGUGUCAUGACCAAAGUGAGGCUGCUCUUGGCUCCACUGCCGCCUUGGCCACCCCUGCCACCCUGGCCACCAUUGCCUCCAUCACCACUCCGCAUUACUGCUCUAAAGGCUGCUUGCCGUAACACUGGAUUUAAAAAGUACUACUAGAGCAGAAAAUGAUCAGGUAUUAAAAGGGAGGGAUGCAUGCCAGUUUAAAACAGUGCGGCCUCAGCAGAUAAUGGAGCUGUGCCCACUGGCCCUGGCUUGUCACGACCUUUGGCUAGUGGCCCGGCUUGGAGGCUUGCUGGGGCAGUUGAGAAGGGGGUCCGGACUGCAGCCCCCCCAAGUAGUGGUGCCACCCAGUGGGAGACGGGGAGAAAUGCACCGCCUGCGCAUGGACAUUCAAUCAACGUCUCAUUCACUCUUAAUUCUUGGCAGAUUGCUCAUUCAGCCGCCAGUGCAGCCAAUCACUUGUGCCAAUGCUCAGUCCUGAUCAUCUCCUUCCUGGUAAUUGCUCCUCAACUGUGUGUUUUUUGUGUUGUGCUGUCCCUGUGUGUGAGUCUUUGGGAGCUGAUGGACUGAGAGUUGUGAAGCUGACCAUGACUUCUGGCCCAGAGCGGGCAGGGAGUGUGGCCUUUCUUUGGCAGCGUCCUGGGAAAGGCCUCUGGGCAGUUCAGGGCCAGCCAAGGAGGGCAGAGGCUGGGUCACUCAGUGUGUGGGGCAGGGGAUGCUUUCAAAAGGGGAUGAGGUAAUGCUUGAAUUGGCAAUGAAAGGGGCAUCGGAGGGUUAUUGAAGGGUGGGCAUAGCGACCCUUGGAAUGGAGGGUCUGCCGGACACCACUCACCAUGCCCUUCCCCUGAUAGGCAAGAUAGCAACAGCGGGUGCAACUUAAGGACCAAGUUCUUGGUCCUGGACCCUAAGCUGGUCUGGCAGAGGAAGUGCUGCCCUUCCAGCUCCCUUAUUCUUCCCCUCUUUCCAAAGGACAUUCUUCCCCCCAACACACAAAAUCAAGAGAGUCAGCAGCAGUUGUUUUCCUUCGUUGCUCAGGGCUGAUGGUGAAGAGGCUGGGUUUGGGUCAACCCAGGCCUUGUGGAGGGGGGCAUUCCCAGGAUUCCUCAGCCAGUGGCAGAAGGGCCUCCCAGCUCAACCUAUGCCAGUGAACUGCCAAGAUCCAGUUAAUGAUUCCUGGGGGCACCAGAAAAGGCCCCAGGAACCCAAGUCCUCCUGGCAAGCGGUUAAUCAUUGAAGAAUCCCCCUUUCAGGGGAGAGCAGAAGCCCUAUGGAUGGCAGUUGGGGGUCUGAAAAUGGAGAAUUAACGCUUUGCAGGGAAGGGGCACAUCUCAAAUGUACCCUAUGCCCCCACCCUAUGCCCUCUGGCCUGGACAACCAGCCGGUUUCAGUGCCAGGGAAUGAGGCACUCAAAAAGAAGGGCAUGUGUGCUGGACAUGACCCAAAGAAGCCUCCUAGGUCCAUCCUUUGGCUCCCACGGUGGCUGACCAGGUUGCCACACAGACACAAGCCAGGAUCCAUGAGGGAAAUGGGCAAGCUGGUGGCCUCAGACUCCUCCAGCAACCUGCCAGACGUGACGGCUGCUGACUUUGAGCGGGUGGACUUAUCCCAGUACAAAUGGAUCCACUGGGAGGGCAGGAAUGCCUCAGAACAAGUGAAGAUGUUGCAGUGCGUGGAGAAGCACAACCAGACCUGCCCAUCCUCUGAGCGCGUGGCCACCUCCGUGGAGGUGGAGAAGCCCCGGGCAGAACUCUACCAGCUCUUGGGCUACGGAGACGUGGUGUUUGUCAGCAAGGACGUGGCCAAGGAUUUGGGGUUCAGCUCGGCCCCGGAGGCUGUCCAGGGUUUGCAUGGCCGAGUGAAGGCAGGAGCCAUCUUGAUCUGUGCUUGGGCCGAGAAGGGGGCUGACGCCGUGGGGCCAGACGGGCUGCUGGUGCACUCGGACGCCUUCCCCCCCGAGACAGUGGUGGAUACCUUGGGGGCCGGAGACACCUUCAACGCCGCCGUGAUCCUGGCACUCAGCAGGGGAGAACCCCUGCACGACGCACUGACCUACGGGUGCCAGGUGGCUGGACGAAAGUGUGGGGUGCAUGGCUACGAUGAGAUCGUAUGAGCUGCACCCAGGAAGGCUUGGCUGCUGCUAAGGUCUCCCUUCACUGAGCCAUGGAUCGCCAGGGUGCUGCAGCUCCCAUUAUCCAGAGUCCCCUGCAGUGGUGUGGCUGAAUGGGGCUCGCAUGGACUUGGUGUUGGUCUCUCUUGGGAGAGGAGGAGGAGGAGAGGCCAGUGUGGGGCUGGUCUUGUCCCCAGUUCUAAAACCGGGACCAAUAAAAUCCCCAAAUCCA